AUGAGUGACAUCUCUGAUUCAGACGCCGAAGAUAGGGCGCUUGAUGUGUCUCUAAUAUCGAAGCAAACACUUCAGAGGAAACUAUCACACCUACCGAAUGGAAAGCGACAAGAAUUGGAAUAUAUUUGGGGGAACCUUAAUUCCUCAAGUUCACUUCAUGCACUAGCAGAAGAAGAAGAAUUUGUCGAGGAUAGCGAUAAUGACGCCAGCAUGGAGGUCGAGCACACACUCAGCGUGCCCGAACCUGUACCUUUGCAAGAGGCUCCCCUAAAUUUAGAGAACAAAGAGAAUGAGGGGCAUUUACAAGCUUACAUAAACUCGAAGUAUCUGGCAUUUGUGUCCGAAAGAAGCUUGAGAAAGCGCAAUUUCGCCAGCACCCACCCUUACUUGGCAGACCAAGCGUCCUAUUUGGGUCUUUCUGACGCUCAUGAGCUAAACACAGUGUAUGAACAAAACGAUCAGAAUCUAGAAGCUAUUGUCAAGCUUUUAAACUAUAAUUAUGUGAAGUUGAAGAAUAGAUACCCCAAGGAUGAGAAAUACAAGUCAAAGAGCUUUUACGCCAUAAUAGGACAACAAUCGAAGGUUGCGCAACAAGAAGAGCAGGAUAAAGAGCAAGAGAAUGCAAGACUGAGCAUAAAUAGUGACAAAUAUGAUGUUUCGGACAUUGACAUGAAUAGUCCCAGGUCUUCUAGCUUGGAGCAGCGACUAGAAUAUUCUCAACUUCUGGAUGAUCUGACACAAGACGUUAACAAUUUUGCAUCAACGGAGGAAUUUGACUCCAGCAGUGAUCAGGAUUCGAGUGCAGACGAUGAAGGUAGUAAGGAGAAUCUAUACGUUAGGGUUGGCGGUCGCUACAAAAAAGAAAAGAGUGCGUUGAGGGGUAUAUUUCCCGAGUCUGCUAAACAUUUACCGAUAUAUAAAGCCAAAACUUCUCGAGCAACCCCAAGAGUGAAGCCCCCGCGUGAAUUGAGAAAGGGAUUUGCCGUUAAGAAAAAAGGUAGCAAAAAUCGAUUGUUCCGUUCCAACAAUGAUCUCGAAGGGACAUUCUUGAAUGAUGAAGUGGUUGAAUAUGUGUCACCGGACAAUUAUCUUUUGAACAAUUUAAAAAUGUCGGAUAAGGAGGAUAGUUUGCUUCUUUCUCGUUACCAUGAACCUAUUCUUUCUGAAGCGUCAGAGUUGUCAGGUUCUGAAACAGAGUCUGAUAGCGGCCUGGAUUUGUUCCUGUAUGAUGAGCACCGUGGUUUUGACCAAGACUUAGACGACAAUGGGGGCGAAGCUCUCGAGAAUGAUGCCAUUGAUCGUAUGCUUACAACGAUUUCAAGUCCAAUGUCGAAUGGCCUGCACUCAAAAUCAAAACUGAGAAGUAAAUCAUCAUCUACAACUAAACUGGCCAGAGAUGAUGUUGGAGGGAAAAACAAGAGGAUGGCACAACACAAGUUUCCAUCAGGAAAGCCUCGAGUAUGUUCUAUUGCACAAAGAUCGGGAUUAACCUCGCAUCUGGGAGGGCAACAUGAACGAUAUCAAAGAACUACUCAUCCAAACUACAGAAGUAUUGAUUCUUUCACAACCUCAAGCGACCAUGUAUUUGAGAAUGCAGCUGAAGCUACAAAUGGUGAAUUAGUCGAUGUUUUGACUAUUACACGUGAUGGGAAACAUUUUCCAACUUUACAAGGAGCAAGUUUAGCUCGCUCACGUCCUGAACAUAUCUCAUUAACGAGAUCUGACUCGAGUGGGACUAAAAAGAUUCUAAAGAAGAUGAAGAAGAACAAAAGUGUGCGCAACCAAGAGCUGAUUGAAAAUUAUUUUGUACCUUUCAGACAUGGAGUACGGAGUCGCCCGGAUCGUGCGCCCCUUUUGGCCUCUGUUGAUAUUGAGGCGGAGACUAAUGACCAAACGUAUAGUCCUUUUCGAAAGAAACCAAGGUUUUUCAACCAUCAUCUAAAUGGACCAAUACCAUUAUCCCAUGAACCAGUCUUUGCUCCGGGAUGUUUACUAAACGAUAUCGAGUUGAAAAAACUUGGUAAUACGGGUGAUGGUAAAACUUUUCAUCGCUUUCAAGACCAGAUUACUGUGGCGUUCAAGGAUAGACAGUUUACGAUGUCUUUGUUGGACAUUGAUGGCUCAAGGGGGCUGGCAGAUCAGUUGUGCUUGCUUUUGAACCUGGAACUUCUCCAUAGCAAAGUACACAAAAAGGAUUUUUACCAGUGCGUUAGAGGCUUGAUCGGUUGGUCCUUGAUUCUUCAACUGCCCCCUUCAGAGUCUGAGUGGAGUUGGAUAGAGACGUUGAUUAACACUCUUCGAGACAGCCUGAUAAUGACACCAAGCGACAAAUUCUUUUGCCUUCCCUAUUUGAUUUUACUUCAAUAUAUAAUGCUCAUUAUGGGUAGGAUAAACGGGGGUAUUGGCCGAAAAAACAAUGUAAGCUCUUACGCAGCUUCGUAUUGGUCUUGGUUCUUUGUCAUUACUGAGAAUACCCGAUUUGAAAAUUUGGAAGUUAGCGGUGGCACUGCUACAAAACAAGCUGAGUCCUUUUACAUUAUGUGCAAGUUACUAGAAUUACAAGGUGCUUGGUGGCCUUCGAUUUGCGCAUCUGUGCUGGGUUACGAAAGGGGCAAUUAUUACCACGUUUUGGAAUGUGUUCACUAUUUAUGUUGUUCAACUAGAAAACGUGAAAACUGGGAACCAUUGCAAGCACUUUUCCAAAAAUUCAGCGACUCCACUGAUCGGGAAGUUUAUUACCGCUACAUUGAGAUCGUUUUUAGCAUGAACCGCAUGAGGAAUUGGCAAAUUGAUGAUAAAUUAAUUUUGCAAAUGUAUGGGAACAUCACAUCACGGAGGUUUGCCAAUUUGCCCAAGGAAAACUUUUUACCGAGUAUCUUUCCGCAAAUCAGAUCAAGAUUUGAUGUUGCAGGAGAUUCUUUCUUUGAGAAGUUCUUACAGUUGUUAUUCUGGCAUAUAUCGUCGCUCACAGAUGUUUCGCAAGUAAAAAGGCUCGUAACUAAAUUGCUAUCAUUCAAUCCAGUACAGUACUCAGACUCCAAAGAGCAAAAGAUAAUGUUCUCUAACAAAUUCAACUUAUUGAUAAUGCUAAGCCUGAUAUCAAAAACGGACCUAAGGACACAAGUAGAGAUUUUAUUAUCCUCAAUAAGCGAGGUGACUGAAUUAAAUUUUCUCAAGCAAGCAGUACGAGGUACCUGUAUAAUCUUUGAGGCCGCUUUAUCCAAGGGAGCCAAACUUCCAGUCGAAGGAGUGGAAAUUAUGACUGAUAAAUUGGUUUCAAUCGCAUUUACCGUACCUGGAGCAAAGCAAUUGUGGUGUAAGUUUCUGCGUUGUUUGAGGUCACUUGUUACAGAGUCACUGGGAGAGCCAUUGGGUUUGGUUCAGCUCUUGCCGUUGAUGAAGCAAAUAAAAGUAGAGUUACCAACGAGUAUCAAUGUUGAUGUCACAGAUUUAUGUGCCUACAUUGUGGAACAACUCACUGCUGUGAAAACCGAGGUCAAACAUGCGUCGAAUAUCAGAAACUUAAAUGCUGCUAAAAAGAAAUCAUUUGACAUGGCUAAUUCAUAUAUGAUGAGGCAAACGAGUGACCAUCCGCUAUCGAAAAAAAUCGAUACAUUGAUCUCUCAAUGUAUUACAAUCUGGGUUGUUACUUCUUAUAUUGUUGACGAAAAUUGGGACAAAUUGGUUCUACAAACAUAUCCAUUUAUGGGAAACGAACUUUCGCGAGAUAGGUUCGUGUUUCAUUUCUACAUGGAAGUAUCACGGUUUUAUAAUUUAACCAACUGCAAACAACCUGUUAUUAGUAACAUUAUCCGAGGGUUGAUAUCCUUUGAGAUGCCAUCAAGACUCAUUGAAUUUAUUAAUCGAUUGAGUGUUUUAGGUUGGGAGUUAUUUUCAUUCCAUAGAAUAAGAAACGUUCUGGAUGCUGAGUUGAUUAGCACAAAAUUUGGAAUUUUGUCCAGCAUGCUUAAUCGAUCAAGCACUUGCGAGUCAUCAGUUAAAACGAAUGUGAUAGUUUAUGAUAUAUUAAGGAGUAUGAAGCGGGAGAGUAGCAGUUACAGCAAUGAAACCUACAAAGACUUUUGCUCUUCUGUAAUUAAAGAAUUAAACAGAUAUGAGAUUGAUGCUAAGAAUCAAGCUCUUGUGAGUGAGAUAUAUUCAUUGUUGGGAAUUGGCACACAUACAGAGCUAUUUUCAAAUAGACAACCCAUGGAAGGAUGCAGGUUUGAUGAUGACUUUGAUCUCGAUGAACAAUUAGAUUUUGGGUGUGCCUCCCUUUCCUUGUCAUCUAGUUUAGAUGACUAUUUUUCCACUUUGCAGGAGUUGUUGAAUGACACGUCAGAUUUUGCCCCAAAGUGGAAAACGGUAUAUGAGAUAUUGUCCAAUUUUGGUCUGGCUAUUUUCCAACACCGAUUUAAGUUUUCAAAUCCACAUUUCUUGGGAAUAUUUGAACUUUUCUUGAAUGAAUUAGAUAGAGGUGAUGGACAAGUAUGCGAAGCUGAUGGCUUUAGAAUUCGCACGUUUAUCAAAAUUUGUACCAUAUUGGGAACUGUCCACCAAGUAUUGUACGAAGGCUAUCGAAUAUCUUCCGAUUUCUUGAUUAUAUUUAAGCUACUUGAGCAAAAACUUAUCCAGGUCUUCCCCUUUGUUACUACACCGUGCUAUUCUGGCCAAGUUUAUGAUGAGGUAGACGAGCAAAGUCUCGAACAUAAACUCGCCACACAGUUUCAGCAUACAUUUGCUAAUGAUGCAACCACCACUGAUGAAAUAUAUUCAGACUACAUUCUCCAAUUCUAG